AUGGAACUUUGUAAUCCAAGUUUUCUUUGGAGGAUUGGAUCAACUUUGGGAGUAAUGUUGAAGGUUGAUGUUAGGUUAAGUUGUUUAUACAAAUUCGCGCGAAUAUGUGUGGAGUUAAAUUUGAGUAGACGUUUCGCGUCUCAUAUUAUGAUUAGGGGGUACCGAGUUAAUCUUGAAUAUGAAGGAAUUGGUGGUGAAAGAAUUAACGAAGCGCGUGAGAAAAUGCAGGGGAGAAUUGAAGAAUUUGUCGCGAAGGAAGGGCAAAUUUGUUUAAUGGAGGACUUGAAUGGAGAGUGCAUGCAAGAAGUUAAGACAAAAGAGUUAGAACUUUGUCACGUGAUGGAGCUGAAGAAUGAUUUGGUAUUGAAACAGAAGUAUCUCCAAAGCCGAAUGAAGGAACUUGAGUCAAAAGAGAAGCAACAUGAAGACCGAGUGAAGAAGCAUGAAUCGAAAAAAAGAGAAUUUGAAGGUCAAGUGAAUGAGCUGGUGAGUGAUUUGUUAUCACAACAGAAGAAUUUCGAAAGCUGGAUGAAGGAGUUUGAGUUAAAAGAGAUGCAACAUGAAGACCAGGUGAAGGAGCAUGAAUCGAAAACGAGAGAAUUCGAAGGUCAAAUGAGGGAGCUAGAAUCUAAAAAGAAGCACUUUGAAAGCCAAGUGAUGGAGCUGGUGAGUGAUUUGGUAUCACAACAGAAGCAUUUCGAAAGCCGAAUGAAGGAGGUUGAGUCAAAAGAGAAGCAACAUGAAGACCAGGUGAAAGAGCAUGAAUUGAAAACGAGAGAAUUUGAUGGCCAAAUGAAGGAGCAUGAAUUGAAAACGAGGGAAUUUGAAGGUCAAGUGAAGGAGCUAGAAUCUAAAAAGAAGAACUUUGAAAGCCAAAUGACGGAGCUGGUGAAUGAUUUGGCAUCACAACAGAAGCAUUUCGAAAGCCGAAUGAAGGAGGUUGAGUCAAAAGAGAAGCAACAUGAAGACCAGGUGAAGGAGCAUGAAUCAAAAAAGAGAGAAACUGAAGAUAGAGUGAAGGGGUUAGAAUCUAUAAAGAAGCACAUUGUAAACCAAGCAAAGGAGGUAGAGUCAAAAUAUUGCCAAUUUGUAGGCCAAAGAGAAAAGUUUAUAUCAAAAGUGAGAGAAUAUGAAAGCCAAAUGAAGAUGUUGGUAUUGAAAAAGAAGCGUUUCAAAAUCCGAAUGAAGGCGCUUGAGUCAAAAGAGAAGCUGCUGGAAUCUAUAAAGAAGCACUUUGAAAGCCAGGUGGAGGAGCUCGAAUCAAAAGAGAGGCAAUUGAAAGAACAAGUUAAAGAACUUGAGUCUAAAGAGAAGCAACUUGAUGACCGAGUGAAGUAG